AGGACACAACACGCUGACGCAAUCGGUCGCCAUAGGAGCCGAUUAGGAGGAGUGAGUGCAUCCGGGUAGUUGUAGCCGUGCGCUUUUACACAUUUUCUUCUCACUACAAUACAACGGCACGGAGCUUCUGGGUGCCAACAAAUGCCUCGGUGCCCGUACGCGGGGUGUACGUUUGAGUACAACUAUAGUGGAACGAAAUUUUGUUAGCCUCAAAACAUCAGUGUUUUUAAACAUGGCCGAUGAGAGCGAGUGGGUCGUGGAGAGCAUCGCUGGAUACCUCGGGAGCGCGGAAUGGGUCGUACCAGUCACAGACUUCAUGGAACAUAAAUGCACAGUGUUUGAUGACGAAGAUGAAAACAAGCUGUCCUACACGGAGAUCCACGAGCAGUACAAGCAACUGGUGGAGGAGCUGCUGGGCUCGUACCUGCAGGAGGUGGGGCUGAGUGAGCUGCAGUUUGUGCAGGCGUGUGCGUCUCCGCUGGCCCAGUCCAAAGCGCUGCAGGCGGUGUUCCAGCCGGUUCUGGCCACAGACGACUUCCAGCUGUUCAAGAGCCUGAUGGUGCAGAAGAACCUGGAGCUGCAGCUGCAGGCCCUCAGAGUCCUGCAGGAGAGGAACGGAGCCCUGCCGGAGUGCCUGAUGGACGGGGAGGAUGUGAUGAGUGAGAUGGAGCAGCAGGAGCUCAGGAUCCUCAAGGAGGUGCUCAGGAGGUCUAAGGAGGAGUACGAGCAGGAGAUGGCCCACAGGAAGGUGUCAGAGGAGGCCAGCUCCUCCUCAACCAGCAGCUCUGAUAGGACAGCUCUGGACACGCCCCCGGCCACAGCCACGCCCCCUGGCCCCGGGACAGAGAGAGAGAGCCAGGGGAGCGGAGGAUUGGAGAGCAGAGAGGAAGUGGGCGGGGUUUCUGGGGCUCAUGUGCAGAAGAGUUCCCCUGCUGCAGCCAAUCAGCUGUCCCGGGAGGGCAGCGGGGAGGCCAGGGUGCUGGGGCCGCUGAGGGUGCCAGUGAAAGGGGUGGAGUCCAAGAUGAGUGGCAGCCAGGCUGCAGAGUGCUGGUUGGAGGAGGCCCGGAAGGAGGCGGGGAUAUCGAAGUCCUUCACAGAGCUCUCAGCUGCACAGCAGGGUGAGCUCCAGCAGAGGGCGCUGUAUCUGCGGCAGCAAAGGGAUAAGCUCCAGGCCCUGAGGAAGGAGCAGCGGCCCCAACCCCCUCAGCAGCUCCCAGCAUCCUCUGCUCUUACCCCUACCCCACAGGAAAUCUCAGCGGAUGAAAAGAAGAGUUUGGAGAAAAGGAAACGCUUGGCGGAGAAGUUGAAAGAGGAGGUUAUUAAAAAGUGACGAGCCUGAAGAGUGCAUUUGAGCGUGGAUGACCCGGGCGGGCGGUCACAGGACGAUGUGCUGAAAUAGUUUCCCCAACACCGCAGAAACUCUGCUGCUCCUGUCUUCCUGUGCGAGAAAAUAACGCUUAAUCCACCUGUAUGCUGUAUUUAAAAAUGCAAUUUUAUAUUUACAAUUUUCUCUUGUGAUGAAGUUUAAACUAGUGUAAAACCAGUGUUGCCUGAAGACGGACAGACCCACGAGUACUUUAUCUGUUUUGGUUUUGUCCUUUAAAAGCCAUAUGUUUAGCGUUUUAUCGAGUGGAUAUGUAACACACAUUCGCAGAUUUGAGUGUGGCAGUAACACCGCAGAAUAUAUGUAUUCAUCUUUAUGAUGUGAGGUAUGCAAUGUAAUUUUGAAACUGUGUCUUAAACAGGAAGAACAGGACUAUUGCUGUACAGGAAAUGCCCAUGGAGGACUUCCACCCUUUCAAUAUUUAGAGUUAUGACAUCAUGUUGCAGUUCAUUUCGAAGUGAACAGAAGCGAACCUGACCAAUGUUAAACAUGACACAUUUCUUAAUUUUGAAGCAAGACUACUUUUUAUUUAAAUAUUUUACAGUUUCAAAAUAAUUUAAAAAAGGGAAAAGGCCCUGCGCAAAGUUUGGGAACCCGGUCAGUUGUGAUGUGGUUGAGAUUAGCCUCUUGAAUUUCUUGAUAUUUGGUGGAAUCCAUUCUUCCUUCCACUUGGACAAUAUUUCCUGUGCCCCCAGCUGCCACACAACCCCAAAGCAUAAUGGAUCCACCUCCAUGCUUAACAGUUGGCAAGAUUUUCUUCUCUACAAAGGCCUCACCCUUUUUUCUCCAAAGUUCAAUGUUUUCUGGCAACUCUGCCAUGUAGGUCUUUGUUGUUUAAAGUAUGUUGUAUUGUUGUCCUGUGAACAGCUAGACCUGUGUCUGCUGCUCUUUUCUGCAGUGAUAUGUGGGUUCUUCUGAGCAUUUCUCACCAGGUCUUGGGCCAUUCUGUCUGAAAUCUUCCCUGGUCUUCCAGACCUUGCCUUGACUUCAACUGUUACAUUUAUCUUCCAUUUUCUAAUAAUGCUUUAGACAGUGGAAAUAGAUAUAUUGACACAUUGAGAGAGUUUUUGUAGCCUUGGUGGAAACAAAUUAGCUUCAUUCUAAAGUCCUUGGACAACCACCUUGAGCCACUGCAGCUGGAUGCUUCAAAAUAACAAGUUCAGCUUCAGCCCUGGAAUUAAACUCACCUGACUCAUUAAAGCCCUAAUGAGUAAAUCACCUUGGUCUGGGCCUUGGUAAUCAUCUUUUUAAAAAGUAACAAAGUUAAGUUAAAGCAAUCUUGCUUUGAAAUUUGCAUAAAAGUCUCAUGUUUAACUCUGUACCAAUUGGAGUUAAGGUUUGCUUUUGAUCACGUACAAAUUAAUUGUAGCAGACAUUUAAACCAGGGGUGCCCAAACUUUUGUAUCUCAGUGUAUAGCGGUGUGUUUGUCGUGUCUGGUACCAUAAUGCACCGUGACAGCAACAGGGUGAUUCGCACAAGCUGUUCUGUGUUUGUUAUAUAAAACAUCAGCUGUGGCAGCUGUGGCCAACAGCACAUAGAGAGCAUUUGAAAAUGUAAUAUUUUACUUGAGUUUAAAUUCAUUGAAAUCCACACUUGGCCAGGGAAGGUUCAGUUGUGUUAUAAACUGUUUGGACCAGAAGCCAUUUCAACCUGGCAAAAUAUCAUUUUGGACACUUUACGAAGUGGAAAAGGGGCAGUUCACCCAAAAAUUAAAUGAAACUAUAUUUCCACUUACCCAGAGUGCUAUCCAGAUGGUUUAGCUGCCCUAGUGCAAAAUCCAGCUAUGACCAGCUUGAAAUACCAGCAACCAGCUGUUUCAGAACAUAGCCUGAGCUGGUCAAACCGUGUUGAGUAUGAUCUGAACUGGUCAACCAGCUACCAUCGACUUCGAAAGCUAGCUUGAGCUGUUUUUUCAGCAGGAUGCGAUUUUGAGUUUUUAAAUAUCCACUGCAGCUCACUCUGACAUAACAGACAAGUGUCAACAUUGUUAAAACGAGGUCAGUGUUUUAAAACGAUGUUCACACUGUACCCAGAAUACUGGUGCACUUCCGUUGAGACAUAGACAGUUGGUGUACCACAGUAGAAAGUAGUUUUUUCAUGAAACUGUACGACAUGGUCUGUGCAUGUUUGUGAGUAACUGUCAUAUUUGGAUAAAACCUAUAUAUUUUGGAACAGAUGUUGCUGUUGUUUUUUUGGGUGUUUUUUUCCUCCCCCAUUUACAUUUUUUUUUUUUUUGCUACUUGCUCUACAAACUUUAUCACUGUUGAGGUCUGCUGUGUCAGGGUGAGUUGCAGCAGAUCCAUCAAACCUCGAUCGAUAGCACUCCCGGUACAUAAAGAACCAUUUUAUUUUUGGGCGAAGUUCCCCUUUAAGUUUUUACUGCGUUGAUAGCAAGAAGACCAUACCAUAUGUAAUGGGGGGGAUUUAGGUUUGCUGUGUGCCUCAAUCCACAGCCCUCACCAGCUGUUCCGUACAACUAGAGACAUUAAAGACUGAUUAAAUCGCUGAACUGAAGGCCAAGGUCCCCAGCCAAACGAUCCAAUCAACGCCUGUAUCAGAUGGUCUUGUGUUAGUGCUCAACUCUAAACUGUGUAAAAAGCAGAUUAUAAUGUGCUGGUGGGUGAACUUUUCAGUCCUAGCGUUCGGCUGCCGAACGAGGAUUCAAACAUAGUGGAGAUGUAGCCAAGGGGAAGGAUUGUGGUUCCAGAAACAUGACGACACACCUGCGUCGAGAUGGGCCAACUAGAACAUACUCCACUUCGUCGCAGUCAGACUGGCUGUUCAGCAUGCCCACGUGCCAAGCUUUGCAUUUCCCGUCGCCACUUCCUGUUUGGGUGCGCCGCCAUUUUGAGGUUCUCGCUGUAUGAAAGGGACGUUUUGUGUUUGGUUUUUGGCCUGAUGUGUACAGAAUGGUCUGGAAUGGAAUGAAGGCAUGUGUACAAAGCUUAACGGAGGGGAAUAAUAAAAUAAACUGUAUAAACCCAGA